AUGCCACCCCGACGGGCCCACAAAAAGUCUCGAACUGGCUGUGUCCAGUGCAAGGAAAGGAGGGUGAAGUGUGAUGAAUCUGUUCCUUGUUUCAACUGCGAACGGCGUGGCUUGCCCUGUCACUACGCUGUGCAGAACGGCAAAGGUCCUGGGACUUCAUCAAGCAGGCCAGUCAAGGCACACAAUAGCCAGACCGAGCUGGCCCUUUCCCUUUCUCAUUCUUCGAAACGCAGAUUGACAGGGAAGGAAUCGGCCAGCGCAUUUGAUCACCUUUUAGCAAAUGUUGCACUCCCAUCGCAUUGGACCGCCCAAGACCCCGAGCUGAUGCACCAUUACUGUAUGCUUACCUCGAAAACGCUCAGUAGGCGAAAUGAGGUGCAGGAAGUAUGGCAAGACACCAUUCCGAAGAUCUCAUUCUCGCAUGAAUAUUUAAUGCAUGGCAUUCUCGCAUUAUCAGCACUUCAUAUCGCGCUCGAAACCCCUGAAAGAUGCAGUUCCUAUCUCACGCGCUCCUCGUUCCAUUUGACAUUAGGCUUACGAACCUUUCGGACCUUACUGCAUUCGCCAACGCCGGAGAAUUGCUGUCCGCUCUUUGCCUUUUCAGGCGUGAUGAUAAUCUAUGCGUACGCCUCACCGGUGAUGGACGACAAUACUCUAUGUCCUCUGGAAAAUAUAAUAGAGGUCUUUAAGCUAUGUCGUGGGAUUCUUGUCCUCGAGCCUUUUAUGCACUUCGUUCGAGAAAGCCCCCUUCGACUUUUUGUAUGGGAUGGCUUGCCUUAUUACCUAGAUUCCCAAUCGCUGGAUGGAUUCUAUCGGGAGUUCCUUCAUCAAAUCCAUCGCCUUAAGCAGUUCUUCGCUCUAGAAGAUAUUAAUGCAACAGAACGCGACGUGUACAACCAUGGCCUCUCUGAAUUGGAGUCAUCAUUGACCCGUAUGCGUGACGCAGGAUUACCGCUCGAGUGCGGAAUGGCCUUCCUAUGGCCCAUAUCUGCUGGAGAUGACCUGUUCCACUCUAUACAGCGGAAGCGUCCAUACGCGCUUCUAGUUCUCGCUUACUAUUGCGCUCAGCUUCAUCUCUUUCGUGAUUUCUGGUUCUUGAGGAGACUGCCCCAAACAUUACUGGAAGAAAUGAAGCAGUACAUCGAGGCAGUCACCUACCUUCUCUACCAGUAUCCCUUGAUCUGGGGUUUCUGCGACUCGUAG